AUGGCAUCUGCACAUCAUUCCAGGAGGUCCAAUGAGGGCCCUCAUGGCGAGAUGCCCAUUGGCCAUUACACUCGGCUGAACGAGAUCGGUCGAGGGAGUUUUGCCGUGGUCUACCAAGGUGUUCAUACGAGAUCACGCACAUAUGUGGCAAUCAAAUCGGUUACCAUGACCAAACUCAGCAGGAAGCUUAAGGAGAACCUCGCCUCUGAGAUUUCCAUUCUUAAACAGCUCCACCAUCCCCAUAUCGUCGCUCUCCUUGACUGCCACGAUACGACCUCCAAUAUUCAUUUGGUGAUGGAAUUCUGUGCUAUGGGGGACCUUUCCCACUUCAUCAAGGGGCGCCAUACCCUGCGGGACUACAGCGCAUACACACGGGAAUUGAUAGCGAAGUACCCCAAUCCUGGGGAUGGUGCGGGCCUCAACGAGGUGAUCGUCCGCCACUUCCUCAAACAACUUUCGAGCGCACUCAGAUUCCUUCGGGAUCGUGAUUUGAUUCAUCGGGACAUCAAACCCCAGAAUCUGCUGCUCUGUCCUGCACCGUCGUCUUACCGCAGUGGGGCUGCUGAAUUUGUACCUUUCAAGAGCAGCGAGGACUCCUUCAGCCCAAAGACCGGACUGGAGUCUCUGCCAAUGCUAAAGCUUGCUGACUUUGGCUUCGCCCGGUCUUUGCCGGCCACCUCUCUCGCGGAGACUUUGUGUGGCUCGCCAUUGUACAUGGCCCCUGAGAUCUUGCGAUACGAGAAAUACGACGCGAAGGCAGACCUAUGGUCUGUGGGCACGGUACUCUAUGAGAUGGUAGUCGGGAAGGCCCCGUUUCGUGCAGUGAACCAUAUUGAACUCAUCAAAAAAAUCGAAAAAAAUAAGGACCAAAUAUCAUUUCCGCCGACGAAUCGUGUGUCGGAGGACAUCAGGAACCUCAUUAGAGGUCUCCUGAAGCAGCACCCAAUGGAUCGGAUGAAUUUCGAUGUUUUUUUCGCGCACAAGGUUCUCACAGAACCGAUUCCCGGUCUGGUAGCGGAUGACACUCCCCUCGGGCGUUCUCCGGCCGACCUAACACCUCGACCUGGUUCCGGGUCAAGGCGUAGCACGCCCGUUCAAAUGAAACGUGAGAAUGCGCUGUCUGCUGGAGUCCGGGAUGAGCCAUCGACUUACCCGGCGGCUCAACGAGCCAUGACACAGAGCCCUCGGCCAGAGACCCCUUCAACGCCUAUGCGGAGGACUGGAAGUGCGGGCAAGCAUCAUGCUGCUCCGAAUGAGCCCACACCGCCAGCAUCUCAUCCCACAAGGCCGAGCCCAGUGUCUCUGGCGACUGCCCCUGGCCGCCAGGAGCAUGUCGAUCGCCCUCCCACGACGGCCGUCUUGGAACAGCAACGGAGACGUACGGCAUCCUCGGGAGUGCCCCAAGUUGACAAACCCGCCGAGAAAGCGAAGGACGAAAAGGAGCAUGCUGCACAAGAGGUAGCAUUUGAGAGGGACUACGUGCUUGUGGAGAAGCGUGCGGUAGAGAUGAAUGCUUUUGCUGACGAACUGGCCUACAACCCACGAAUGCAGGGUGGCCAAGGAGGUGCAGUUUCCCGGCGUUCGGGAGCGGCUCCAGGCACACCGCCGGCCGGGGGGUCGUCGCCUCAUGCGUCGCCCAGCAAAGCCAUGCAAAUCAUCUCAGGGCGUUCCCGUGCCGAUUCAACCCACGUCCGUCAAAAUUCAUACGAUCGCCGCUAUGGACAAAGCCCUACGUCGGCUACAUCGGCCAUCUCAAAGGCUCUCAAUAUGGCCAGCGGACGUUUGUUUGGAAUGAGUUUCUCACCACCCCUGACCAUCACGAAAGGCGGACGCUCGCCUCCGUUGGCCUACAAUCCGUUUCCCGCAUACCCCAGUGCCCAAACGAGCUUGAUUGUCCACGCGGAUGGGGGCAAGCACGGUGCCAACUUGGACGAAGAUAGCAAAACCGUCCAUGAUCUCGAGGAGUGUGCCACGCGCAGUGAUGUCGUGUACGGGUUUGCCGAAGUCAAGUACAAGCAGCUGAUUCCACUAGCACCAUCUGCCGCCACUGGGUUUUCGGGAGACCCAGCAUCGGAUGCUGUCGAUUCGGCGGAUGGUGGACUCACGGUCGAUGCUAUUGUGACCUUGUCUGAGGAAGCCCUGGUUCUCUACGUUAAGGCCCUGUCAUUGCUGGCGAAAUCGAUGGAUAUUGCGCGUGUAUGGUGGACUCGCAAGAGCCGGGGCGAUACGCUCAGCAGAGCGGAUACUGGAAGCACCGUUGCGGGCAAUCGGAUUAACAAUGUCGUCCAGUGGGUGCGCAACCGGUUCAACGAGGUGCUGGAGAAAGCCGAAUUUGUCCGGCUCAAAUUAGUUGAAGCGCAGAAGAGACUGCCCUCGGAUCAUCCCAGCCAUCCCAGCAACCUGUCGGUUGCAUCCUCUUUAGGCUCCGGAACCUCUGCCGAUGUGGUGGUCAGCCCCGACGUGACAGCAGAGAAGCUCAUGUACGAGCGCGCAUUGGAGAUGAGCCGAGUGGCGGCUAUCAAUGAAAUCACCGGCGAGGAUUUAGCCGGUUGUGAAAUCUCGUAUGUCACUGCCAUCCGGAUGCUCGAAGCCAUCCUGGAUGAUGUGGAAGUAUCCCGAUCGGGCCAAAACGGCGGCGCUGAUAGAGCCGACGGCCGGCGGGACAACGAGGAUGGCGGACAGAACGAGCCCCAGGCGGUGAUUCUGGCGAAAAUGAUAUCGAAGAUCCGGAAUCGCCUGGCGUCGCUCCGGAAGAAACUGGCGCUGCUGUCGAAUCGGUACACGCCCCCGUCCAUCUCCCCUGCAGUGGGAGCCACGCCGCCCGAAAUAAGACGUUGA